CGCGGCGGUGCCUGGGCGAUGCGAUGCUGUUGCUGUGGGUUUGAUUGACAGGAAACAUGUCGGUGUGGUGGGAGCGAACCGGGAUGCAGCUGCUGCCAAGGGAGACAGGGAGUACCUGCAUCCAAUCCACACAUCAGCAAAUCUGAAGAACCACCAGGCUUUUCCCCGAUUCGUCUGCUUAGGAUGCGCUGAGCAGCUCCUCUCUUUCUUUCUUUUUUCUUUUUAAUUUGGAAAAAAAAACCCACAUCCAUCUGAAACGAAAAGGGGCACCCGAUGGAUGCUGUGGCGAACCGUGCACAUCCCGCUCGGUGUAUCUUCAUAUGAUUUUUCUUCUUUAUUUCUUAUCCCUACAACAACCCAGAGACACCUUGAUGAAACAGCAGGAACUACGAGGACUGUUGUUGCAAUGGAGUCGACUCUCUCACGGCUCAAACCGCGUCUCUAAACCUCCAACAUCUCGUUUUCAUGGCGUUCUGCAGGUCGCUCUGCUCCGUGGGCUCCUCCACGUUUCUUUCCUGAAUUGAUCUCUCUCUUCCUUUUCUUUUUCAUCUCCCUCCUUAUUUCUUUUUUUUUCUAAAGUGCAAAAAGGGAAAAUAUAACGUCCACUGCUCGCAAAACUAUGAACGAGGAGAUGACAAAAAGCGAGGAGCAGCAUCUUAGUUUGCAGAAAGCCUUGCAGCAGUGCGAGUUGGUGCAAAACAUGAUAGACAUAAGCAUUUCUAGUUUGGAGGGUUUACGGACCAAAUGUGCCACAUCCAACGACUUGACACAAAAAGAGAUGCGAACGCUGGAGGGGAAGUUGGUGAAAUACUUCAGCCGCCAGCUGUCCUGUAAGUGCAAAGUGGCCUUAGAGGAGCGCAGUGCUGAGCUGGAGGACUUCCCUCGCCUCGGACACUGGUUCCGCAUCGUCAACCUGAGGAAAGAGGUCACGCAGGAGAUGAGUCCAGGCGAGGUGACCCUGGAGGGCCUGCUGGAGAUGAGCGAGGAUCAGGUGUGUGAGCUGCUGCAGAAGUUUGGUGCCAACGAAGAAGAGUGUGCCCGACUCAACGCCUCCCUCUCCUGUCUCAGAAAGGCCCACCAGCUCGAACAACUUGAGGAGGAUAAAUUGCACAGUAACGGAGGGAGCCAGGCGAAACAGGACUGGUCCAUCCAGUGGCCCACCUCUGAAUCUGGAAAGGAAAACACUCCGGUGUGCCAGCCAGAGGCCAGUCAGUGGAUUCGUUUCCAGCUCUCCCAAAGCCCCAAAGUCCAGUCCAAGUACAACCAGCACAUGUGCCACAGCCCUCAGGCCCUGGCCCCCCCUUUGUAUGCCGAUCGGCUCACCGUCGACAGCCCCGCCACCGGCCUCUUCCCACCCCUGGACACUGGUCAUCGUUCCCUGCCCCCGUCACCCCGCCAGAGGCAUUUUGGCCACACGCCUCCUCGGACUCCCUUGGUGGUCAACACCAUGACCCCGCCUGGCACUCCCCCCAUGAGGCGAAGAAACAAAGUGAAGGCCCCGGGAACGCCGCCUCCGCCGAGCCGCAAGCUCAUCCACCUGCUGCCAGGCUUCACCGCGCUGCACCGCAGCAAAUCCCACGAGUUCCAGCUGGGGAACCGCUUGGAGGACACGCAGACACCAAAAGCCAAGAAGAAGACCAAGCCCUUGAACCUUAAGAUCCACAGCAGUGUGGGCAGCUGUGAGAAUCUGCCCACGCAGCGCUCACCCCUCCACACCGAACGUUCUCUGCGAUCCUUCUUCUUCCCCUCCUUCAUCCCUUCGACACCUCCCGUCCAUGCUGAAACACCCUCUGCAAAUACUCUCUCAGUGCCUCGCUGGUCCCCACAGAUUCCCCGAAGAGAUCUGGGAAACUCAAUAAAACACAGGUUUUCCACAAAGUAUUGGAUGUCCCAGACAUGCAUAGUAUGUGGAAAGGGAAUGUUGUUUGGACUGAAAUGUAAAAACUGCAAGCUGAAGUGCCACAACAAAUGCACCAAAGAAGCCCCACCUUGCCAUUUACUGAUCAUACAGCGAGGCGGACGAGAAUCCCUCAAAGAUCACCAAGGAACGACUCAAGUAGCUCGUCUGGUACGGACUGAAUCAGUGCCAUGUGACAUCAACAACCCGCUCAGGUACACAGACCUGCACAUCAGUCAGACGCUCCCCAAAACCAACAAAAUCAACAAGGAUCACAUCCCAGUCCCAUACCAACCAGACUCCAGCAGUAACCCCUCAUCCACCACCUCCUCCACCCCGUCCUCCCCGGCUCCUCCUUUGCCCAGCAGUGCCACGCCUCCGUCGCCACUACACCCCUCCCCGCAGUCCGCACGGCAACAGAAGCAGUUCAACUUGACAGCCUCCAGUUAUUUCAAAUACAAACAACAGUUCAUCUUCCCCGAUGUUGCUCCAGAGGUUCCCCCCAGCAGAGCACCACAGGUCAUUCUGCACCCUGUCCUUUCUGAACCAGGGAAUGAGGGCAACCCUUUACUUCAAAUCGAAGUUGAACCGACAUCAGACAAUGAGGAGGGCAACGACGAGGACUCCGGCGACGAGUUCGAGGAGAUGAACCUGUCGCUCCUGUCGGCUCGCAACUUCCCGCGCAAGGCCAGCCAGACCAGCAUCUUCCUGCAGGAGUGGGACAUCCCCUUCGAGCAGCUGGAGAUCGGGGAGAUGAUCGGCAAGGGUCGCUUCGGCAAGGUUUUCCACGGACGGUGGCACGGCGAGGUGGCCAUCCGUUUGAUCGACAUCGAGCGCGACAACGAGGAUCAGCUGAAGGCCUUCAAGCGCGAGGUGAUGGCCUACCGCAACACCCGCCACGAGAACGUGGUGCUGUUCAUGGGCGCCUGCAUGAGCCCGCCACACCUGGCCAUCAUCACCAGCUUGUGUAAAGGCAGGACCCUUUAUUCCGUGGUGCGGGAUGCCAAGGUUGUCCUGGACGUUAAUAAGACCCGACAGAUCGCACAAGAGAUGGUCAAGGGGAUGGGCUACCUCCACGCCAAGGGGAUCCUACACAAAGACAUGAAGUCCAAGAACGUGUUUUAUGACAACGGCAAAGUCGUCAUCACCGACUUCGGGCUCUUCACCAUAUCUGGGGUUCUGCAGGCCGGCAGCCGGAGAGAAGACAAACUGAGGAUCCCCAACGGCUGGCUGUGUCACCUGGCCCCUGAAAUCAUCCAGCAGCUCUCUCCGGACACAGAGGAGGACAAGCUUCCUUUCUCCAAACAGUCAGAUGUCUUUGCUUUCGGCACCAUCUGGUACGAGUUACAUGCACGUGAGUGGCCUUACAAGAGUCAGCCAGCAGAGGUGAUCAUAUGGCAGAUUGGCAGCGGGAUGAAGCCCAACCUCGCCCAAACCGGCAUGGGGAAGGAGAUAUCCGACAUUCUGCUCCUCUGCUGGGCCUACAAGCAGGAAGAGCGACCCAGCUUCUCCAAGCUGGUAGAUUUACUGGAAAAGUUGCCAAAAAGGAACCGCCGCCUUUCCCACCCAGGGCACUUCUGGAAGUCAGCUGAGUAUGUCAAAUGAGUUAGGGACAUAAAACAGCAAAACAAUCAGCAACUAUUAAAAGCAGCCGCCAUAACUCCACAUAAAUAACCCACCUCCUUAAAGAAUGCACUGAAUCCAAAAGCCAGCCCAGUGAUGAAAACUGCCCGUGCUGUGUGUAUUUUCAUGGAAUGUUGGCAUGUGUGUGUACAGAUAAGUUGACUGUCCGGUUUCUCAAAGCAGUCGGGACUCAUAUUUUCUUUGGUUUGAUUUUAAACCAUACUGGAUAUCUUUCCUUUAUCUUUUGUUUUUGUCUUUUACUAUUGACUUGUUCCCUUCAUUAUAUUUGAUUUUAUUUCUUGGAUGUAUCUUUGCUUGUAACUUUCAACAGAUCACAUCAUCCUGGACUUUAAAAAAAAAGUUUGAGAACAAAUGUAGAUUUUUUUUCCAUGUUUUUUUGUUCUGUUUUGAAUGAAUGUAACUGUUGUACAUCACAUAUUGUAUAUUUUCAUGACAUUGUCUUGCCAUUCCUUAUGUCUGUCAACUGUGUAGACCAUUUGUCAAGUGGUACUUCAUGGUCUCUUCAUGUGUGGAUGUCCAGGUUAGGUGUUUGUCAGAAAAGUUGUGUUUGAACUUAAAAUGUCCUCCUAUUUACACCGUACCAUUUGAAUGUGAAGAAGCCAGCUUCCCUGUUUGUGUGGGGAUGUGUUGGCCCAGUUCUUUGAUGGGAGACUGUUCUCUGAUCAGCCUGUGCUUUGAAUAUUGCCUGUGAACAUAAGCAAGAUGUUUGAACAAUGACAGCCUUUGGAAAAAACGUUAAAAAAAACUAACAAAAAAAAAAGGUCAGACCGGGACUCCCCCACUUGAUGCUGUUCUGUGAAAUCACUGACACUUGAAAUGUAUCUCGUCAACUGUUGCAGAACUAAUUUACCUUUCAGAAAUGCUACCACUGAGCCCCCUCCCAUUCAUCUAUUUACAAGAAAUAAAUGUAUAUUAUUUUACUUAAAUAGGUACACAAUAUAAUAGAUAGAGAUAAUAAAAAGUUGGUAUAAUCAGUGCAGUAAGUCAUUUAAUUCAGUCAGUAAAUGAACUUUACAGACCCUAAUGGCAAAAUAUUGCAAAUUACACCUUAGCUUUCUGAGUCAUGUAUAAAAAUCAGAUAAAGUUUUUAGAUUCCCAUCUCUGCAAUGAUAUGAUUGUUGGAUGCCUAAAGGGACAAACAUGACCUUAAAAUGACAAAACAAAAGGUCAAAAUGAACUGUGAGUUUGUUUGUGGCCUGUUAAAAUGAACUGAGAGUGGCUUAGCAGCAGUGUUGUAGUCACUUUGAAAUGGGACUCUUCAGAUUCAUUCAGCCCCAUCAUGAAUAUUUAUCCAAAAACAUGAUUUAGCUUGUUUUCUUAUACUAUUGUGCUGUGGAUUUUGGAGAAUUUGUGUAUUUCAGAAAUAUUUAAUCACAUUUUAAAAACAAAUUACAAGUUGUUUUAAAGGAGAGAAGUACAAAAGUGUGUAGAUUUACUUUUCUAAAUCAUUUCCAGUUUCCUAAAUAUAUUUACCAACCACUGACAAAUUGCUUGAAUUCAUAACUUUGAAAUGAGCUGAAUAAGGGAGUGUUCAGACUGAAUGCAAAGUAAAUUCUCGAGGCAGCUCGACUCCAUUCAGAGGUGGAAAGGGAUGAAAAUAGGUGUUAGAUGUAAAGUGGAGCUAAUAAAAGCAAGGUUGUGCGCACAUUGGUGCCCAAACAGACAGAUAUUGCUAAAGGCUGCUACUGAUAUUUUUAGCGUUUAGCUAAGAUGCUAAGACUUUGUAGCAGCAGUGCUAGACUGACAAAAUCAGCAGCUUGGCUCAGUAACAUAAGUUAUGCUGCAAUAUUUAAUAAUAAAUAAGAGUUUGCCUACAUUAGCAACAUAGCGGCUUAAACUCUUCAACACAAAUUCAUGGUUGUAACAUGACCGAUGUAGCCGUAGCAGGUGGUAGAGCAGGUUGUCUCCUGAUAUCAAGGUUGUCGAUUCAAAGUGUCCUUCAGCAAGACACUGAAGUUGCUCCUGAUGGCAAGUGAGCACCUUGCAUGGCAGUUCUGCAGCCAUUUGUGUGCAAAUGAGUGAUUGAGAAACACACUGUAAAGCAUCUAAGGCUAAAGCAUGCUACAUAUGAACCUCUUGAAUGAGAACAAAACAUCUUCAAGACAAAACAAAAGGAGCCCAGUUGCUUUUUGUUGAAGCUCUUAGUGCAACAGAUUAGGCUGUAUGUCAGUGUGACUAUUUCUGAGGUGUGCAGAGCACCAUGAGUGAACCCAGCACAGGAUAUCUGGAGAAGUUAAAAGUCUUACUGUGUUUGGGCACCAUCAUUGGAAAGCACGUUCAAAUCAAAGCACCUUGAAGUUCGACAGUGAUGAUUUGAAUUCCAACACUUUUAAUAAUGAGUAUUAAAGGUGUUAAUGACCGAGAUUUUCCAGGAGAAGCUCCACGUAAGCGCUCAUGAAGCAGACUAUUGCUUACAUGUAGAUGUGAAACCACAAAUUGAUCUUAAGUGUUUCUUUUUGUUGCUUUUAAAUUUAACUUAUUAUUUGGGAGUUGGUUUAAUUUUCCAAAGUUUGCAGACAAAAGAAAAAGCACAGUAUCUAAGAAAACUUAACACUCUAUUACACUGCAAUAUUGGCAGAUUCCACACACACACACACACACAGGUGGUUCAGAUUGUUAGCUACCUACAACUUAUGUGUAUAUACACACAAAAAAAGUAAAAAAUAUGCUCAUGUUCACUCUGAAUGCGCCUUAAAAAUGAUGUUUAAUUCGUUCACUAGGCAAGGACAAUGUGCCAUUACCUGUCUAAUGAAAAUUAAAUCCAGUGAUUCAUGUGACAUAGCUGUUUUAAUUAGACCCAUCAUUUUCAGACAUUAUAUAGACUCCCAGUGAAGCGAUACAGCUCUAUGUUUUUACAGUCUGAGCAGCCUUUUAUCUCAAUCUAAUAGGACGUUCUUGACAGAGUUUAGUUUGACUACAACACUGCUGUAAGGAUGAACGUGGAGCACAUUUAAAAAUAAGCGUAUUUUUCUAAAACCUGAAAUAAUUUAUUUGCACAAACCUUCAGUGUGACUUCUUGCAUUGCAGGCGACACACACGUAAAAGUAACAAGUAAGUAACUUCAAAUCUGGCUGAACUUUCCCUUUAACAUAUCAGAAAAGACAUAUCAGGAUGCUGAAGACCACCCCAGGCCGUGUUUUCUACUUCAUACUGUAAAUCAAACUAUAUUUCAAACGUACGUUUCCGCAAAGCCUGAGUCAUAUCAUCACGAAUUGGAAGCUGUGGCGUCAUUCGAGCUGUAUACUGCUUUUGAUUCUCUCUAGCCACGUCGAAUAGACAGAGACAAUCCCAUCAUGUUAAAUAGCCAUUUUCCACCUCAUUAUAUACACAUCUGCCAGUGUUGGAAAAUGCAUACAAACAAUCUGCUGCUGUUUUUUGGAGUCUGUCUGUCUAUUUUGGAAUUGCUGGGAUUCAAAUAUUGUAAGUGGAUCAUUUAUAUUUGUACUGUUUACAACUUUCAAGUGCAUGAGAUGGACUAUCAAAGAUUGAUUCUUGUUAUGAAAAAAAAAAAUCCGUCAACACUAUAUAUAAAAAGUAUGUGAGCAUUUUUCUGAUGAACUGUUGUCCGUUGAGCAGUUUGAUCUCAGAUUUUGCGUCAGGCUUUGCAAAACUUUUCAACAGCUUUGUUUGAGAGAAUGAUUGUUUCAGUAUAUUUAUAGAUUAUAUAAAUGAUUAGACUAGCGUUUAAAUUUAAAAAGACAAAAAAAGGAGAAAAAAAAUAAGAGUUACGACCUGUGCACAUGCUAGAGUUGACAACAACCUGAUUGGACAACAAUCAAAGAUAUAACAUUAGUGCCAAGUGUACAUACCAGAUUGUAGACUAUGUUUUAUCGUCACUUGCCGUAAUAUCAAUAUUCCUUGUGGAUUUUUUGACCUUUUUUUCUUUUGAAUGUACAAAUUGUGUUGUGUUUUUUUGUUGCCUUUUGUUUUCUGUUCCUUUAAUUUUCUUUUCUUUCCCUCCAUUUCUUCCCUUCUAAUUGCAUAAGCACUGAUGCUGUGUUGUUUCUUUUCCUUGAUUCCGUCCUUGUAUUGUAGAUGAUAGCUCCAAAAAGCUUGUAUUUAAUGAUGCCUUAUGGUCCAUGGCUUAGUGAUGGGUAGAUUUUUUUGAUCACGAGCUCUUUUAUUUGCACUCAUCCUUUACAAAGUGUAUGACAAUAAAAAGAUGUUUUCAUUUUGGA